GCUUCAGCGUCGGAUGAAAGACUCAUUGUUAUCAUAAUGGGUUAUUACAUCACAAUAUAGUGACGUCACAGGUCGAAUCUGUCUUCAGCCAUGAGAGAGAAGUCCACAAUAUUGAUGAUGGGCACGAAAUUGCUGAAUACAGAAAUGGGCCUUGACUCAGUCAUCAAAACAUGCAAGGGCUACCAGCCUAUCUCGCCUUCACAACACACAGCCACCCCUGACUCCACUGGUCAGACAGUGACCAGCAGCGAUCGCAACAAGUCCAGUACCAGGGGAUGCUGCCAGCGCGACCCUCAGGCAAGACCAUCGUUGUCGGCAGCAGACGUCCGACAUCAACAACGUCCUGAUUCGUCGAAAACUGCAAUUCCUUCGACUCGCGUGAGACCUCCUACCCCCAUCUGGGUGGAGGGGAGAUACACCCCAGUUUUCGACACCUCCCCCAUAGUAACCCACAAAGAGGAAACUUUAACACGGGUGGUCAAGCUCGCCGACCCUCAGCCAAAGAAGACAUCGAAAAUGAAACGGUUUUUCAACGGGGUAAGUCGCUUCUUGCGCGAGACCCGCCACCAGAGGAAGGGAUGGACCCGAUUUUAGUCUCCCUGGAACUUUUUACUUAUGUGUCAAACUGUAGGAUAUGAAGUAUAUUUAAAUAUUGUUCACGUACAAUAAUUGUUGUGAUAUAUAGUUUCAGCAACAUGUUGCAACUUUGAAAUCAUAAACUUUUUAUGAAAUUUAAA